AUGGCUGUGGCGUUAGUCUCUGCUUCCUUAUUGCUCCAUUCUUGAGUUAAAUUUAGUAAUUAUAAGAUAAAAAUAAACUGACAUUCAUAGAUUCUUUAAAAAUUUAGUUAGCUGUUUUUGACAAGUCUGCAAAUGCAGAAAUGUUAACAGUUCAUUUGUUUUGACAUUUAUGGUGUUUGUUGAAUUAUAUUUUCUUAUAAAACAAAUUUUUGUAUUUUAGCGAAGAAGGCUUGAGGUAUAGGUUAUAGUUACGGCUUGAAGUAAGGUUAAGUUUUGGUUAACGCUAACUUUAAUUGUUGGGCUAAACUAACGUCUAUAUUAAUGUUAAGACAAGGCUCUGCUCAUGCUCAUGCUCAUGCUCAUGCUCAUGCUCAUGCUCAUGCUCAUGCUCAUGCUCAUGCUCAUGCUCAUGCUCAUGCUCAUGCUCAUGCUCAUGCUCAUGCUCAUGCUCAUGCUCAUGCUCAUGCUCAUGCUCAUGCUCAUGCUCAUGCUCAUGCUCAUGCUCAUGCUCAUGCUCAUGCUCAUGCUCAUGCUCAUGCUCAUGCUCAUGCUCAUGCUCAUGCUCAUGCUCAUGCUCAUGCUCAUGCUCAUGCUCAUGCUCAUGCUCAUGCUCAUGCUCAUGCUCAUUCUCAUGCUCAUGCUCAUGCUCAUACUCAUGUUUAUGCUCAUGCUCACCGUCAGGCUUAA